UCCUGCUUCAGAGUGAGACGGAGCUGGCACUGAGCAGUGAAACGGGGGGGAGCUGUGACACCAACGGAGGAAAAAAAAAACGCGAUUACACCCCAAAUACCAGCGGGUUUUGAUCGCAUUUGUUUGGGUGUAUCUGGGGGAAAAAGGCUGUCCGAGUGGCAGUUUGGGUUGUGGGCCGAUUAUAGGAGCGGGCGCUCGAGGAUAGCAGGCUAUUUUUCAACAACCAACUCCCCAGAUGAACUCCGUCAGAGCCACCAACAGGAGACCCAGGCGAGUGUCGAGGCCGCGCCCGGUGCAGCCUGAGCGGAACAACGGGGAUAGAGAUGAAGAGGCUCCUGCAGCAGCCGCAGCAGAAAUGGCUAUUGAGGAGUCUGGUCCAGGUGCCCAGAACAGUCCCUAUCAGCUUCGACGCAAGACCCUGCUUCCCAAGAGAACCGCUGCUGCCUCCGCCACCGCCUCUGCCUGUCCCAGCAAGGGUCCAAUGGAGGGAGCUUCCACUUCUUCAACAGAGGCCUUUGGCCAUCGAGCCAAGCGGGCACGAGUGUCCGGUAAGAGCCACGACCUGCCAGCAGCCCCAGCAGAGCAAUAUCUGCAGCAGAAGCUUCCAGAUGAGGUUGUUUUGAAGAUUUUCUCCUACCUACUGGAACAGGACCUUUGUCAGGCAGCUUGUGUCUGCAAGAGAUUCAGCCAGCUAGCAAAUGAUCCCAUCCUAUGGAAGCGUCUAUACAUGGAAGUGUUUGAGUACACCCGUCCCAUGAUGCAUCCAGAGCCAGGCAGGUUCUACCAGGUCAGCCCAGAGGAGCAUGAACACCCAAACCCAUGGAAGGAGAGCUUCCAGCAGCUGUACAAAGGUGCACAUGUAAAGCCAGGCUUUGCCGAGCACUUCUACAGUAACCCGGGCAGAUACAAAGGCAGGGAGAAUAUGUUGUAUUAUGACACCAUUGAGGAUGCGCUAGGUGGGGUACAAGAGGCCCAUUUCGACGGUCUCAUCUUUGUUCACUCCGGCAUCUACACAGAUGAGUGGAUUUAUAUAGAGUCCCCCAUCACCAUGAUUGGUGCAGCUCCCGGUAAAGUUGCAGACAAGGUGGUGAUUGAAAAUACCAGAGACUCAACGUUUGUCUUCAUGGAGGGCUCGGAGGAUGCUUAUGUGGGAUACAUGACCAUCAAGUUUAACCCUGAUGAUAAGUCGGCGCAGCACCACAAUGCCCACCACUGUCUGGAGAUCACCGUCAACUGCAGCCCCAACAUCGACCACUGCAUCAUCCGCUCCACGUGCACAGUUGGUUCGGCGGUGUGUGUGAGUGGACAGGGAGCGUGUCCAACCAUCAAGCACUGCAACAUAAGUGACUGUGAGAAUGUGGGGCUGUACAUCACAGACCAUGCACAGGGCAUUUAUGAAGACAAUGAAAUCAGCAACAAUGCGUUAGCGGGAAUCUGGGUGAAAAACCACGGCAACCCCAUCAUUAGACGUAACCACAUCCACCACGGAAGGGACGUCGGCGUCUUCACGUUCGACCACGGCAUGGGUUACUUUGAGAACUGUAACAUCCAUAGAAAUCGCAUAGCAGGUUUCGAGGUGAAGGCGUACGCCAACCCCACGGUGGUGCGCUGCGAGAUCCACCACGGGCAGACGGGGGGCAUCUACGUCCACGAGAAGGGCCGGGGCCAGUUUAUAGAGAACAAAAUCUAUGCCAAUAACUUUGCUGGCGUGUGGAUCACGUCCAACAGCGACCCGACGAUACGGGGAAAUGCGAUAUUCAACGGUAACCAAGGAGGCGUGUACAUAUUCGGAGAUGGCCGGGGUUUGAUAGAGAGUAACGACAUCUACGGUAACGCGUUGGCGGGAAUCCAGAUCCGAACCAACAGCUGCCCCAUCGUACGGCACAACAAGAUCCACGACGGACAGCAUGGGGGCAUCUACGUGCAUGAGAAAGGCCAGGGAGUGAUCGAGGAGAACGAAGUUUACAGCAACACUCUUGCGGGAGUGUGGGUGACCACAGGGAGCACUCCCGUCCUCCGCAAGAACCGCAUCCACAGCGGCAAGCAGGUUGGUGUGUAUUUCUAUGACAAUGGGCACGGUGUGUUGGAAGACAAUGACAUCUACAAUCACAUGUACUCUGGCGUACAAAUACGGACGGGCAGCAACCCAAAGAUCAGACGCAACAAGAUCUGGGGAGGCCAGAACGGAGGGAUUCUAGUCUACAACUCAGGUUUGGGAUUCAUCGAGGACAAUGAGAUCUUCGACAAUGCCAUGGCUGGAGUGUGGAUCAAGACGGACAGCAACCCCACGCUGAGGAGAAACAAGAUCCACGACGGCAGAGAUGGAGGGAUCUGCAUCUUCAACGGAGGACGAGGUUUACUUGAGGAAAACGACAUCUUCAGGAACGCUCAGGCUGGGGUCUUGAUCAGCACCAACAGCCAUCCGAUUCUACGCAAGAAUCGCAUUUUCGACGGCUUUGCAGCAGGUAUAGAAAUCACGAAUCAUGCCACUGCAACACUGGAGGGCAACCAAAUCUUCAACAAUCGCUUCGGGGGCCUCUUUCUGGCGUCAGGGGUCAAUGUCACGAUGAAAGACAAUAAAAUUCUGAAUAACCAGGACGCCAUUGAGAAGGCGGUGAGCCGGGGGCAGUGUCUCUACAAGAUCUCAAGCUACACCAGUUACCCCAUGCACGACUUCUACAGAUGUCACACCUGUAACACAACAGAUAGGAACGCCAUCUGUGUGAACUGCAUCAAGAAAUGCCACCAAGGGCACGAUGUAGAGUUUAUACGGCACGAUAGGUUUUUCUGUGACUGCGGAGCAGGAACGUUGUCCAACCCGUGCACGCUGGCCGGAGAGCCCACGCACGACACAGACACUCUGUAUGACUCGGCGCCGCCCAUCGAGUCCAACACGCUGCAACAUAACUGAGGGCGCCUGGCUGAGUUCCGCUCUCACAUAAGCAUUCAGACACACACACACACAAACACACACACCCACAUACACACACACACACUCACACAGAAACGCACACGGUUACAUACACUCAUCCACCUGCAGCCAUAAGGACCCGGAGAGAGACUCUGUGAUAGCGGCGCUCUCCAGACGGGAUCGAGGUGGAGGAAGCGGCUUCCUGCCUGCUGCGGCGCACGCAGCCGCCAGCAGAGGGAGCAGCGGAGCUGAGCGAGGACCAACCGACCCACCGGCCACAAGAGAUUCCUCACAGGAGGCUUUCUCAGCGCAGCCAGGGCAGAGAACAGCCGCGUAGAGGGGGCUUUCCACCGUGGCGGAACGAGAGGGAGCGCCCACCUGUUACUCUUCGUCCUCCUCCUCCUCCUCCUCCUCCUCCUCUUCUUCUUCUUCUCCUCAAGAACUGCAGUCAAAGACUUCCUGCUUCCUCACUGCUGCCAUCCAGAAUGACUGCACAGCCAGUCGGAACUUGGCAACAGAUGGGCGGACAUUGCUCUGUGUGUUUGUUUGUGUGCGUGCGUGUGUGUGUGUGUGAGAGAAUAUAAAGCAAGGUUGUGUGUGUGAUGGAGCACUUGGGCUUUUUUUAAAAAAGAAAAAAAAAUACGUUCUGAUCAAUGGAUUUUAUUUCAAUGCUUUCUCAUGUAGUUUUGUAUUUUCAAGCAAAAAGCUGACUGUAUUUGAAUGUCUUUUAUUUUAUUAUAUAUUAUUAUAAUUAUUAUUAUUUUUCUUCGUUUAGCGUCCCUCCUCCCGUCCCCCCAGAAAACCCCAGAAAACUGCAGAAACUCCCGACGUUUCGGUGGCGAAGUUCUUUCUGUGAAAGAGAAUCUCAUUUAAACACUAAAAACCCCUCUCCAGCAUAUUAGCUUCGAUGGCAGGUGGAGCGACUCCACAGUUGUAUAAAGGUGUGUGUGCGCGCGUGUAUAAAUGUGUGUAUUGUACAGUGCAAGUAUUGGGUGCGUGAGCGUAUGUGUGUGUGUGUGUGUAUAUGUUGAUGCAGUCAGUGUUUUGUGGAGAGGGUUUAAAUUGCAGGCGUCGGAGCCCAUUUGAACUGGAACCGUGGAGUCGGUCUGCAGUUUUCCCGUCCCCCCCCGCCCCUCCCUCCCUCCCCCCUCGUCUUCCCUCCUGUGUAUCGUGGUGACUGUGGCUCCUCAUGCAGCCUGAAUCGUAUGCAUGUACCAUAACAUCUAGACUUAAUAUAUUGUGAAGUAUUCAAUAACCAUUAUGUAGAUGCUAGUUGGAAUUCAAAAAGGGGUAUACUUUCUUAGAAAGAUUAAAAGAAAAAAAAAGAAAACCGGUAACUGGCCAUUUCUAAGAAAAUAAAACUUUAUUAGAUCA